AUGUCCCAUACCAACGCAACGCCCACGUCGGGGGGUGAACCGCGCAAAGAGGUGCUGUCCCUGGCAGCACGACCGCUAUUCGCAUCUCAAGGGUCGUCCUCAAGUCUGCUAUUCGUAGAUGAAACGGCUCCAAAGAACCAGGUGGAGAGACGUAAGAUUCGAGCCCACGUCUCGCUCAAUACGCACGAAGCAAAACGGCGCCAAGGGCUGAGGGGCCAGAGAGAAGGAGUUCGGCGUAGAUCGUCUGGCGAGAAUGCAACGGUCGAAAACCCUCUGCUGGAUGCGCCGUUUGCAAAUGCAGAUCCAUUUGACUCCCUACCCGUCAAAAAGUUCCCAGGCAUGCAUGAUCUCAUCGGAUACUACCUCGACCACUAUCCCGGUGUCACCCCAUUUGCCGACGACCAGCUGCUACGGAACCAGAGCACAAAAGUGGUAGCAAAACGCAGCAAUACGCAAUGGAACUUGAUCACAUCACACAACACAUGCCUCCUCUUAUUCCUCUCGGAAAUCCUCCGGCUGCGCUGCUCGAUGAACCCCUAUCCAAAAUGGCUCACCGACUACUUCAGAGCACACCACCAAACCCUGAUAUCCAUCAGAGAGAAUCUCCCGAUCCACAAUGCAGCAAACAAGCCUUCCUCAGGCUACAUCUUUGGCGUAUUAGGCAUGGGCUCCGGACAGGCCGUCUUCCUCAACCACCGCGACUCGGCCAUCUCGCACCUCAACGGCGCGCGCAAGCUGGUCAGCCUCCGCGGCGGCAUGGACACGGUGCACGGCUUCGCGCGCCGCGUCAUCGUCUGGGCCGAGCUGUACGUCUGCGCCGCCUUCGGGCUGCAGCCCACGCUCGCUCCGCUGCCCUCGCCCUGGCUCCCGCUAGUAACAACAACAUCACCAUCACCCUUCCCCGCUUCCUUCAGCACCUUCAUCUCCGCCACCCACGCUCGCACCGCAGCGCACCUCACCCCGCACCCGCUCGGAAAGAACCGCCAGAGCGCAGGAGAGGAUGAUGAAGACGCAGCGCAGACCCACAAAAGAAGCAAAGAGAUGACCAUCAGCCGCAUCUUCUCGGCGCUGACGCUCGUCAGCGCCGCGACGACCGAGGCGUGGCAGGCCGUGCUGCAGCAGCAGCAGCUGGGCGGCGAGAGCAGCGGUGGUAGUAGCGACGACACCAAGACGACGACGAUGCGCGAAACGGUGGCGGCGGUGCUGGACGACGCGGCGCACACGUUGCUCGUCGAGGUGGCACGGCUGCGUGACAACGACGACGGCGUUGGUGAAGAUGGAGGGGGGGAGGAGGUGGUGGUGCCGGUGGUCAUGGAGCAGCAGCACGGGCCGCGUCGAUGGGGCAGCGACGACGGGGGCGACGGCGAAGACGACGCGGCCCGGCGGUGGGCGCGCGCGGUGAUGCUGCACGCGGCGCACACGUACCUGUGGGCGCAGCUGAGCGCCCUGCCGGCGCACGCGCAGAUGAACGUGACGCUGCUGAAGCGGCUGCGCGGCGCCAUCGAGAGCGGCGCCGGCGUCGGCGCGUGGGUGCUGAGCCUCGAGGCGCUGAUGUGGGCCCUGGCCGUGGGCUGGUUCAUGGCCGAGAGGGCGGCGGGCAAGACGCUGUUGGGCCAGGUGGGCGAGGCCGAUCCGAUGCUGGGCUGGUUCGAGGAUAGGAUCUUGGCGCUGCUGAACGUCGAGGGCAGCUUUAGGAAGGACAGGGCCGCCGAGAUGAUUUCGGAUUUCCCGGCUACGGAUGAGUUUAGGAGGAAGUGGCAUUCUUUGCUGUUAAGGGAUAAGUUUCGCCAGUGGCGAUGA